AUGGAAGCGGAGGGCUUUGGAGAGCUCCUGCAGCAGGCAGAGCAGCUUGCAGCGGAGACUGAGGCCGUGUCUGAGCUUCCCCAUGUUGAGAGGAACCUUCAGGAGAUCCAGCAGGCUGGAGAGAGGCUACGCUCCCGCACCCUAACUCGAACAUCACAAGACGCUGCUGACGUAAAAGCGUAAGUUCUCUCUUUUGUAUCAGUCGCUGAUAUUUUCUUAUUGAGCACUGUUACAUGCACACAAUAAUUAUUGUGGAUAGUCAGGUUAAUAUAAUAGUUUGUUUAAAACCUUUACAUGCUUUGGAAGAAGAACGAUUUCUCUAAUAAUCCUGUUUACAUGGACACAUCUGAAAUCAGGCUACUAAUGGGACUUUUGAUAAAUGCAGAACAUCGCCAAUCAAAAUAACCAUUCUACCACAGUGACCAUGUUAUUUUUGUGAAGACUAUUUGAUUCUGAGUUCGGACAUAUAAAGUUUCUAUUUGAACUAUUUCUAAUUUGCAUAAUUUCAGUUUUUCCGAACACACUUCAAUCGUGCAUAAGAGGGAAGCUUGCACUACCUGGUGCUAGCACGUGCGCAGAUCAAAUACACCACUGGAACGCAGAUUAAACUGUUUUAUUAAACUGCCUAUUUAAGAUAAGCAGAGUAAGGCGUUUACAUGACUAAUGCCAUACUCUGCCAUAAUCAGUUUAAUAUCCAAUUAUUAGUGUGCAUGUAAACGUAUUCAUUGUAGAGAUGAUCCUCAUAUUCUGUGAUAUGAUUUAAAAUGAGAUAUGAAGUGUAGGCCAUUUCCCUUUUCUAAUAAACGUCUCUUUAUUAUUUUAUGAUUUUCCCUGUCAUGAAUGAGGCUGAGGGUGGUAAGAUUUUGACGUUACCUGCACAAAGCUCGUCAUUAUGACUGGCUAUUAUUCAGAUGACAAUACAUAUGACUGCUAAUAGGCUACUUGCAAUUACAUGAUCUUGUCACGAUUGUGUGUGAUAGUGGGCAGAUGUUUCAUCUUACCUUGUCAUCUGUAUUUGUACUCUGGGACAUUAAGUUUAUGGGAGCGAUCUUGUUAUGUUAGAGAUGUGUAGCUCUGUGUUAUGUUCUGCAUUGCAUUCAACUUACUUCAUGCCCUCUAGAGCAGGGGUUCUCAAGUGCUAUUUGAGAAGGUCCGGUCACACAAAUGUCCUAGGUGGUGAAGGUUCGGAUGGAAAUCGUGAUUUAUCGGCGUAGUAACUAACCCUAACCUCGCAACCAAUGUGACCCCUAACUGUUCACACCUCUCUUGUUGGCGGAGAGAAAAUUUAGCAGUUUUAAAGCUAAUUUCCUGCAAUUCUACACAUUUUGCAUGGGGCAAAUAAUUAUUUGGCCUUUUUAAAGCUAAUUUCCUGCAAUUCUACAAAUCUUUCUAUGUCUUAUGUGUGUUUAUAAGAAACCAGGGUUCGAAGCCCAACCAGACCUCGGUUUGCCAGUUGAGGAUGGGGACGCUAGAGGAAAGUCUACUAAACAAAUGUAAUUAGCUGUUUCCUCUGUUCCCUGUAGCUCCAUCCUCCUGGGUUCCAGAGGCCUGGACAUCUUCCACAUCUCCCAGCGUCUGGAGAGCCUGAGUGCUGCCACCACCUUUGAACCUCUGGAGCCAGUGAAGGACACUGACAUCCAGGUAUUCACACUCUCUCUUUACGAGUGUGGGGCUGUUUGAGCUUUUGGGCUACUUUUUCAUCCACACCUGUCCUGUUGUAUGUCAGGACCUUCUCUUUUACAUUUUUCAGAGGCAAGGGCAGCCGGGCAGGUGAUGGUAAUUAAUGGUUUUUAGAUUAUGCUUUUAGUCAAACUGGCGAAUUCGUAUCUGGUUCUAUUAAUGUUACAGCUAAGGUUUACUGUGUAAUGAUUUUUAUGCUAAUAAGCAAAAGGCUGAUGGAUUCUGUUGGAGGAUCAUUGCAGUCUCUUGCUGGUGGUAGGAUUAGAAAUGUUUUGUGUCUAGGGAAAUAUGUCUGACACAUGAUGUGGAAAGUGUCCAAAUAUCUACUCAUCGUUCUGUAGCCUAUAUCAAACCCACUGCCUGAAAUGCAUUCACAAAAGUUAACCCAACGUCCUUUACAUUUAUUUGAAUUAUCUUUGGUAGAUGUCUAUUUGAUUCACAUUGGGGGUGGUGUAGGGUUGUAAAAUUCCAGUAACUUUGCCAAAAUUCCCAGGUUUUCCAGAAAUCCUGGUUGGAAGAUUCCAAAUUUUCCCUUCUGAUUCCGUUAAUCCUUCAACAGGGAUUUCUGGAAAACCUGGGAAUUUUGAUACCAUCAGAAUUGGAAAAAUUGCUCUGCCUCAACUGAUUAAAAAUUCAUUAAAUAGAGCCUAAAUAAGAUUUAUAACUACCAGGGCUAAAAUCUGAGAACAUUUUCAGUAGGAAUGAUGGUAUUCCAAAUUGCGGAUUAAGAUAGUUAUUGCUUACUACCGUCUGUCACAUGAAUUUGGGCUCUAAGCCCUCAGACUCAUGACUAGCGAUAUGUAAAAAAAUAACAUGGACAAAUAUUUGUGGACAUUUUCAUAAUAAUCAGGGGUCAGCAACAACUGUAUUUUUACUGGUUUCAUAUUACGGAAUUACCCAUUGAUAUAAAGUGGUGCUGUAAUCUGUUCAGAACCAAAAUAGAUACAUUGCAUUUUAGUGUGUUUCAAACCCUGUCCAGUGUUCACUCAUGAUAUGUGGCUGUUUUAGAAAAGGCACUAUGGAGAUAUUUUCUGUUGUCUACACUGGCUUUUUCCUAUUCUCCAUGUGUGCUGUGGAAUUACAGCUGGGCUGAUUUGACCUGCUUUUCUAUGGAAGUCAAUAAAAUGUGAUGCCUGCUAAUUAGUUAAUGGUAGCACUUUGUGUUACAUCAACGGAUGAUGUUUACAAAUCUGAAGCUAUUUAGUGGGAACAGUCUGAACUGUCUCAGAUGAGGAAGAGAAGAUGAGUGGAAGAAGCUCCAGUCAGUAUACAGUAUGUUGAAAUAUAAUAAGAAAAAUAUGUUUAGCAGCAAUACUAUACAGUUAUUCCAUUGUGUUAGUGGCCUUCAGACUGUAGGGCCGGGACGAUACUAGUAUCGCAAAAUUUUUUCCAUGGCAAACAUGAAAACACGAAGCAGACUAAACUCUUUGGUCCUUUGAAAACCUGCUUUAUGUAAAAUAUUGUGUGCUAUAGCUUGGGAAAUAAAUAAAUGUGACUGGAUGACAACAUAAUGAUGUUUGUUUCCAGCAGUAGGGCUGUUUUCCUAAAGAAGUUAAAUCUGCUUUGUGUACUGUUUCCUUGCCACGAUACUAACGAGUAUCGCGAUACUGCUAUCGUCCCGGCCCUAGAAGGCUACCAUCCACUGGCCACUCCCAGACCGUCAAACUUUAACAUACAAUGUUCUCUUUUGCUCUUAAUUGGGUAAAUAUUUAUAUUAGCAGUGAUCUUAAUAUUGUUGCAAAAUGUAGAAGAGGUGGGGGGGGGGGGCAGCAGAUACUCAGGGAAUGAGUGGGGUGGGGUGUUGAUCUCCUCAUUUUCUGAUGACCCCAGUGCUCCCUCUCCCACCCAUAAUCCUCAACCUGACAUGUGGUGGGCUGGCCGGAUGGAGCCUUAGUUUUACUGGAUGUGCACUUAGCCUCUUCGCAGGAUUUAAUCAGGCCCUUUUAGCUGGACUCAGUUGAGUGCUUGGGCCAGACACAGUGGGAAGUGGCUGGCCUUCUACUGUACUGUACUCCCUAUCCACUAUGCAUAGUUGCAUUUCUGUCUAUUUUUCACAUGAUAGUUUUCAUAGGCAAUUAAUGGAACAUAUGUUUUAGAAACGUGUGACCUUGUUCUAUAAAGCCACAUUUACUCUCACAUUACUGGUGGCUCAUGUGUUAACCUCAAGGGCAAUGAGCCUCUAGUUGAGUCAAGGUACAGAAAAGCUAUUAGAUUGUCCACCAGUUUGAGAACAAUCAAUGAAAUUUACUUUUCUCAAGUAGCCUAUGUUACAAUACAAACGGUGUGUGUUCCUUGAUAGACUACAUAGCAAUCUUGCAUACCUAGCCUAUGUAUUGCCACCCUUUGAGGUAUUCAUUGAUCACGACAAUUAGGCCAGGAAAUGAUACUUGUAUGUAUUGUGUGAGGUGGUACUGGUUGGCAUUCUCCCCAUUGUCUGCACUGCAUUCAUGGCUUGGUCUUUUCAGUAGCCUAGGUACUGGUAAUAAUAUUGUGUGGUAUUCUUUACAUUGAGUGUGAUUGCACUGUGUAGUACUUACUAUAUGUUCAAGUGCUGAAGGGUUAGGUUGGCUAACACAAAGGAAAAGCUGGAUGCUGAUGAGGCGUAGCCUCUUCUAUCUCUAUGUGGGCGGCUCACAGAGAGGAAUUGAGGUGUGAAUGAUGUCUGUAGUAUACAUGGUUGCAAAUGCAUAUGAUUUAUGUAGCCUACUCUGCAUUUCUGGCCAUUUGUUAUAUUUGUAUGUGUAAAGAUAUGGCUCACGUCAGUGAGGAUGGAGACAAAGAGCAAGAAUUGAGGGUGAUAGCAAUAACCAAGGUAAAGAGGGAGCAAGAAGAGAAACGAUGGACAGAACCAAAAUGAAAAUAGAAUAGGGGGCGAGAAAGAGAUGGGAAAAAAGAGUGGAAGGAUAAAAUGGCAGAGAGAAGUAUAUUUCUCUCCUGUUUUUCUGUUCCAUAUUUUUCUGCUCCUCCUUUCUCUCCCUCCCCCUCUUUCUCUGAGAGCAGCUAUAGUGAUGGAAUGCAUUCUCUUGACAGUCUGAUAAGCGCAGCUGCUGCUACAGCAGACUUUGGUGAAAUAGCUUCACAUGUGCAGCCUGUGUCUGGUCUGUGCAGCCGUGUACUCUAUGUAUACCCCCCGAGAAGCCACUGCACCCUUCUCAUUAACUAAACAUGACUCUUUAAGAGGAUUAUUAGCCCACUUUCUGGACAGGAUGUCGGAAGCCAUCUGCAGAGGGAGAAAAAAUCCAUUACAUGAAUUGCAUUGCGCUAUGGGAAGAGGAAAAAGGGAAUGAUGCAUAUGUAUAAAAAGGAAGAAAUGAGUGGGACUGAGAGAAGAGGACAGCAGGGAUGCUGGAAAGAAACAGGCGGCGGGGAAGGAUCUACUGAUGGAGAGGGGAAGACCUGUGAGGUUGAGUGAUCACUCCUCCUGGAUCCCCCCCUGUGUCUGAGGGCUGACUUGGUACAGUCCUCCAACAAUAAAACAGCCUACAGUAACCAUUCAUGUGGUACAUAUCUGGGUUCACACCGGUGGCCCACAUUGGGUGAGGAAGGUGCAGCAUCUGCGAUGCCGGGCCCGUCGGAGGGUCCGAAAACGCCCCAGAAUGGCGCCGGCUCAGUUCUUCAGCUGGAGAUACUAGGCAGUGUUUAGUGUCAGGCAUAGGUCUGUCUACGCCUGGCUACCUGCACCUCUUCUCCUCUUCUCUCUCCCUGCCUGGCAGGCUGAGCCACAGCAUGAGUGAGUAUCACCUCCACACACAGACACACUGCGUUCAUCUGCUCUGUCUGUGUCAAGAUCUGUCUGUCACCUCUUUCUCGCUCCCUGUCACUCUAUCUGUCUGUGACUAUGAAGAUGAUAACGAUGAUUAUGGUGGUGUUCACUUAUAUGAAUGCUUAUUCUCUACACAGGAAGUGGUGGCACAAGGGUGGGGUUACACCUCCCCUACUCCACUCAUUGUCUCAGAGUAAAUGAAGAUGAGCUGCAGGUUUUUAGCUACUGACCCGUCACACUUAGUUUUUUUAUCUCUGUGGAACUGCUGAGCAGCAUUACACUAAGGGAAACUGUUGAAACAUAGAAUUAAACAAAUCCAGAUGACAGAGAAUAUAUUUUAAGAUGUUAUAAAAUGCUUUCUGUGUGUGGUGGUGUAACCAUGUACAGACAGUAAAAUCACUAUCAUUUGUGAAUAAAAACAUUGAUCAUUUCUGAACCCGUAGAUCGCUUUAGACUGCUCGUUUGACCGAGCCCUGGGAAAUAUUGUAUGUGCGCAUGUAUGUGACACGUAUCAGCACCGUGUUAUGGAGCAUGUGUAACAUGUACAUUUGUUCUAUGCUGUACCUUUAUUUUCUCUAGUUCUACUUUAGUAAACAAUAGUGAAUGUUUUCUGUUCUUGCAAAACCGUAAGCAGUAUACGCAAUACAAAUUGUGAGGGACAAUGCAAUUAUGUAGAAGGUUCUAGAGUCAGACUCGCUGGCUAUAUUGGUUUACAUACUGCAUAUGUGUAUUUUGCUGGAUAUAUGCCAUGAAUGUAAGAUCCAUUUGAGUUUAGAGCUUCUUUGUACAUUACUCAGUGAGUUUACAGCUUAUUUUGUUGCCUAAAUAUGAAAUGAUAGACUACAGUGUGUGAUUUCAAUUAAGGUUUAUUUGGAAAUGCAUUAAUCGCUGAAAAUGCGGUUAUGUUCCCCCUCCCUUUUGGACCCUUCACUUUCUGGGAACCAUAGAAUGAAACGCAUAGCUACAUCUCUAGGAAAUGUAUACAUUUAUUCCGAUUUCUGUGUGUGGAGACAUGACCUGAGCUCUCCUAGUAUAUAAAUAGCUCCAUUGUCAGCUCCUAGGGUGCAAACUGGGUAGAACCUGUUUCAUUUGGAGAGCAGAAUCUCCUGAGGGGGGCGCUCCUCUCUCUCUCUGCUACAGAUGACCGGAGGAUGGGAGGACCGAGCACAAUGACUGAGCAAGAAAUGUAAUUGGCAAGAUACAGCAGGAAAUCUUCCUUUUGAUUUAUCUAUUGAAUAGAGGAUAGAUUACUUGUGAUACUGAAAAGCCUCAGCCUCCCCCUCCUUUAGCUCUCUCCGCACUGUUCAUUUACACUUGUCAUUUGACGAUCGGCUGCUGAAGAAGUAACAAGUCAAUGAUGAUUUCUAGCUGUCAGUCAAGACGCGGAUGGCUGCCACUCUGAUGUAUGGUCUGGUGAUGCGAUGGAGUGGACAGACAGGGGCGAGGGUUUGAGCCUGUGGUGAGGGGGAGGGCUGUGGUGCUGAAGCAGCUGUGAGGGGGAAGGGGAAUGCUGCUCCGUUCGUCCUGGAGAUGACGGGCGCGAAGACCGAGACGGUCUCCAGGAAAAGGCCCAUUAUCUGAAAGAAUGCAUAGGCUGCUAUAUUAUUAUUAUUAUUGUUAUUAUUAUAUUGACACCUGGAAAAGGACCGAAUAGGCUUAGUUUUGCUCGUUCUUAUUAUUUUUUUUAGUUUCUGAAUGUUCACAUAUUAUAGUAUCUUCUAAUGUUAUACGAGGAAGUGUACAUGUGUGCCUGCAGGCCUUAAAGCCACAUGCCAUCUUUUAAAAACAUCACUAUGUCUAAUAAAUAACUUUUUUUUUUCUUCAUGGAAAUAACUUCAAAUAUAUAUUUGAUCAUUUAUUUCCAUGAGCCUCCUUUUGCCAUUGAAAUGCUCAGUCUGAUCGUGUGGGCGUGUUGAUACAAAUGUAAAUAUAUUUACAUACACAGCCCUGAUUGGCGGAUAGUAUCGUCUAGACUCUAGAGCCUACCCUGCUUACCCCUUCAAAGUAGUAGGAUACAUAUGCAAAUGAAAGAUUACUGGUCAUUGGUCAGACUAAUCAGAUUGUGAUGUCAUGCUUUGGGCCAAAAACUCUAUUCCACUUGAACAGGCAGAAAUUCCAUGUGUUUUUUAUUUAUUCAAAAAGCUCUAAAAGGGCAUUAUCAGUUCCACAAUUUCAGUGUUAUUUCGACCUCCUAGUGUGGAAAUAAAAUAACCAAUUUUAAAAGGAAAAUCACUCUCUAAAACGCAUGAGAUUGUCUCUUAUGUAACAGACUCUUAUGGAAUAUGGAAAGCAACUAUAGGCUAAAUGAUCAGAUUUCUAGGGCAAGUUAAUGUCCUCACAUUGUGGAAGGGUGUGGCCGGUGUUUAGCCUAGAUGAUGUUAAACCAGUGUCCAGUAUCACAGAGGAUGGGCUUAGUGAGAGUGACAUCCAUUGUGAUGACUGUCAGUGUCUUAUCAGGGUAUCUGUGUCAUAUUGGCAGGCUGGUGGCCACUAUGCGUCAAAGUCAUGGGCUUGGCUUUGGUUACUCAUGAUCCACGAUGGCUCUAUGGGCGAUUUCAACACCACCAUUUGGCAUACAGUAAGCUAGCUCUUAUUCUUGCCCAUAGCCAACCCCACCCUGAUUUAGAUACAUUGACCCCUCAACCACCACCCUCUUUUACAUCUUUGCUGUAUGUAUGUGUGUGUGAGUUUCAUUCCCGCUGCCCCUCUGGCUGCCUGGUGCAAGCGUACAGCUCUACUCUGAGGACGGUUCUGCCUGUUCUUGGUACAAAAUGUUUUCUCUUUCUCUUCGGGCAUCGGAAGGAGCAGAGUUUCUCUGUGCGUUCCAAAGUGUACAUUAAUUAGCUUACCCUGUAAGGGAUGAGCACAGUCUACAGUGUGCAUAUUUGCUCAUUAACCUCAUGCUGUUAACUUGAGAAAACAAGAGGUCCAUUUUAGGUAUUGUAACUAUAAUAGUACUGGCAUUUUGGGGGGUACUGAAUGGUAAGCUUGCUAUAUCACCAUUUUGACAGCAGACGGACAUUGUACAUUUUUAGUCUCUUCAAGAUGCAUCCAACCAUCUCUUGUAUAUGAUGUUAGCCAGUUGAAUGUAGAUGCUGAUGAAUUUCAGCCCACUGUGGAGUUUGUUCCCUAAUGUAGGAAAUUGAAGAUGGGAUGAUAUGAGGACAAAGGGCCAGGUGCUGUGUGUCUAAUCGGCUGGUGCUCAUCAGUCAGGCUUUGUUGAAUUAACUGUAAAAUUAUUUGAUGGGCUCUGGGUUUUUGCUCUGAAGUGUGGGGGAUGGGUUGGAGCUGUAUAGAAUGAGCAUGAAAAUGUCCUAAUGCUUGAGAAGAUAUGUAACAGGAGUUAUUUUUGAGUGAUUAGAAUGUCAGGUCAGGAGGAGGCUUCUACUGCUACGCCCUGAUUGUUGGCAUCUCCCAUUUUUAGCACAGCGAUAAUGAUAGUUCUUCCUUGGUAGCCCUUGCAGCUACCGUCUUGCAGGAGCCCUGUAUGUGUGUGGUCAAGUGGAAAGUAGGUUACAGUCAGUCUAACCUCCAGCCAUUUCUCUCCUUCCAGGGCUUUCUGAAGAAUGAGAGGGACAAUGCGCUGCUCUCUGCCAUCGAGGAGUCGCGUCGCAGGGUAGGUGGCACUCUCUCCUCUGACUAGUUGCUAUGACCACACCCUCUUUGCACCCCAUGUCCACAUCUAAUAAUCCCAUUUGUUUUACUUUUCUUUUCUUUUUUUUUACAUACCUGGUGCAUAGAUGGGACAGAUAUGUUUCGGUCAUAGAUUGUAUCGCCUAAGUUUUCUCUCCAUGACAGCUUGGCAUACCUAAUUUUCAAAUAAUACGUACGCUACAGUUUCAAUCAGUCUCACACUUUUGAAUAAAAAUAAUAAACCCAUACCCUCAGUUGCCAAUCAUGACUUGCUCACCUUGUUCUGAUAUAAACCCGUAACCUAUUAUCUUUUUUAAAAUGGUUUCCUCUGCAUGAGUUCAGAGCAGGUUUAAUUAGGAACCGUUCCAAUUAUCAUCCGCUGUCCCUGUGGGAUUGAGAGAGACAAGAAAUAGACAAGGUCUCUGGAUUCUAAUCGGUUCUUGACUAAAUCUGGACCAGCCAUGAAUGCAGACCCAUUUAGCGUCACAAUCCCAUCCCUCCACACACCCUGGCAUCACAGGGCGUGACCCAGUUUGAAGAGCCGCCCCAAGUCCCAGAUCUCACUUUUACUGUGUGGGGCCCCAGGAUACCUGCAUGGGUGACUGUGGUGAUUGGAGGUGUUUAUUGUGCACAUAUAUCUCCCAUGACGAGAGGUUUUGCGGUGUUAGCUAUUUUUAACAAAUCACAUGAUCUCUAACCCAUUUAUGCAGCCUAGCUUGGUUCUCUCAAAUUCUUUCAAAUUGGUCUGUCCAAAUUACAUUUGUUCUCUUUCUCUCUCUUUCGUACUUACAUGUUCUUGUUCUCUGUCAGACGUUCCUCCUGGCAGAGGAGUAUCACCGUGAGUCCAUGCUGGUUCAGUGGGAGCAGGUGAAGCAGAGAGUACUGCACACCUUGCUGGGAGCAGGGGAGGAUGCUCUGGACUUCAGCCAAGACGUAGAGGUCAGUGUCUUUCCAUCUGAUGUCUAUCUUUGUCCUAUACACCCUAUGAACUCCAGUACAUAAAGCACACAUCCAGAUAUAAUUGAUAUACUUAAUAUAUGACUUGCACACAUUUAGAAAAUACACUCAUCAAAAACUGGUACUAGCCCACAUGGAUGUUGUGGAAUUCAAUAACCACCUCCCAUUUGCGAGAAUUUACACACAAAAAAAGAUAUGGCAAGCACUCCUGUUUUUAAUCAUGGAUAAAGAAAAGCCACAUUCAGCUUUGGUUUUCCACCAUGUUAUCGGUCUUUACCAAAGCAAGCUUGGUUUUAUGCAGACAGCUUUGUUUAGAUUACCUUCAGGGCUCCAUCUACUGUAUUAAGCACAGUAGCUACAGUACAUUGCUUUCCUAAACUGUAGCUCUUGCACAUUCUCCUGUGGAGUGUGUGUUGGAGUUGACACUUUGAUUUUUGAGGGAUUUUGUCCUUCUCUGUGCUUAUUGCAUUAAUAUCCAACAGUUGAAUUGUCCAUGUCUGACCUGCUGUUCACUCCCUAUGUCAGAAACACACCCUCUACAGUGUUCAGUUCUUGCUCAUAUGCUCUCUUCUCUUAUAAUGCAAUGUGUCAUACAGCAUUUAUACUGCCUUAUACCAUGGCAUUGUUGAAUACUUGUUUCUGAUUGGCUUGAAGGGCAUUCUAGAGCGUGCAUUAUUUCCCUAUAACGCACAGUAUAUUUGCACGGUAGAAUUCAAUGGCUAUAGUUAAUUAUUACAUGUUCUAUGUUUUGAGCUGCUUUUGAAAGCAAAAGUCAAAUUAAAAACAUUGACAUUGUUGAAUUAGAUUUGCAUAAUGGCAAGCUAGGACUGAUGGUUUGGUUAGCUAAACUAGCAAGUCUGUUUGGUUACCACGGCAACUACUGUAGCUAUCUAGUAAACUUGUUAGCUACUUCAGUGGAUGUUGAACACAUUUAUACUGGCAAAUGAACACAUUUCUAGGGCAAAUGUGUUCAAUUAUAGCCAUGGUAUAAAAGGGAUAAUCAACUCGGGGUUCUAAGCAUUCUCUGGAAAAUAAUGCAACUCCGUGGACGAUCAGUUCCACUCCACUAGCGUGUCGUGGAACACACCUUCCACGUCGUUCAUGAUUUUCCAUAGAACGCAUAGCCCCUCGUUGAUUAUCCCUUACCUAUACAACCCUCUACAUUUAAUAUACAUUGUAUGGGUGUGUCCCUUUUGUUCUGAAGAAUGCAAGGUCGAUCUGGAUAAAUGUUUGUGCGUGUCCGUGCUCGCGUUUUAGAAUGUGUGUGCAUUCAAGCGUGAGCUUUGUUUACAAUGGCUUUCACGCUACAUUGGUCAUGGCUUUACAAUUAUGAGCAACCAAGCAAACACUCUUACUCACUCCUCUUAGGUUUUCCUUUACCUUUUUCUAUUUAGUCAGUGAAAUCACUUCUGUAUUUUUACGUUCACAUACAGUUGAAGUCGGAAGUUUACAUACACUUAGGUUGGAGUCAUUAAAACUCAUUUUUCAACCACUCCACAAAUUUCUUGUUAACAAACUAUCGUUUUGGCAAGUCGGUUAGGACAUCUACUUUGCAUGACACAAGUAAUUUUUCCAACAAUUGUUUACAGACAAAUUAUUUAACUUAUAAUUUUACUGUAUCACAAUUCCAGUGGGUCAGAAGUUUACAUACACUAAGUUGACUGUGCCUUUUAAACGGCUUGGAAAAUGAUGUCAUGGCUUUAGAAGCUUCUGAUAGGCUAAUUGACAUCAUUUGAGUCAAUUGGAGGUGUACCUGUGGAUGUAUUUCAAGGCCUACCUUCAAACUCAUGGGAAAAUCAAAAGAAAUCAGCCAAGACCUCAGAAAAAAAAUUGUAGACCUCCACAAGUCUGGUUCAUCCUUGGGAGCAAUUUCCAAACGCCUGAAGGUACCACGUUCAUCUGUACAAACAAUAGCACGCAAGCGUAAACACCAUGGGACCACGCAGCCGUCAUACCGCUCAGGAAGGAGACGUGUUUUGUCUCCUAGAGAUGAACGUACUUUGGGGGCGAAAAGUGCAAAUCAAUCCCAGAACAACAGCAAAGGACCUUGUGAAGAUGCUGGAGGAAACAGGUACAAAAGUAUCUAUAUCCACAGUAAAACGAGUCCUAUAUCGACAUAACCUGAAAGGCCGCUCAGCAAGGAAGAAGCCACUGCUCAAAAACCGCCAUAAAAAAGCCAGACUACGGUUUGCAACUGCACAUAGGGACAAAGAUCGUACUUUUUGGAGAAAUGUCCUCUGGUCUGAUGAAACAAAAUUAGAACAGUUUGGCCAUAAUGACCAUCGUUAUGUUUGGAGGAAAAAGGGGGUGGCUUGCAAGCCGAAGAACACCAUCCCAACCGUGAAGCACGGGGGUGGCAGCAUCAUGCUGUGGGGGUGCUUUGCUGCAGGAGGGACUGGUGGCAUCAUGAGGAAGGAAAAUUAUGUGGAUAUAUUGAAGCAAAUUUGUGGCAAAAUGGCUUAAGGACAACACAGUCAAGGUAUUGAAGUGGCCAUCACAAAGCCCUGACCUCAAUCCUAUAGAAAAUGUGUGGGCAGAACUGAAAAAGCGUGUGCGAGCAAGGAGGCCUACAAACCUGACUCAGUUACACCAGCUCUGUCAGGAGGAAUGGGCCAAAAUCCACCCAACUUAUUGUGGGAAGCUUGUGGAAGGCUACCCAAAACGUUUGACCCAAGUUAAACAAUUUAAAGGCAAUUCUACCAAAUACUAAUUGAGUGUAUGUAAACUUCUGACCCACUGGGAAUGUGAUGAAAGAAAUAAAAGCUGAAAUAAAUCAUUCUCUCUACUACUAUUCUGACAUUUCACAUUCUUAAAAUAAAGUGGUGAUCCUAACUGACCUAAGACAGGGAAUUCUUACUGGGAUUAAAUGUCAGGAAUUGUGAAAAACAGAGUUUAAAUGUAUUUGGCUAAGGUGUAUGUAAACAUCCGACUUCAACUGUACAUACAGUAGUCAUGAUUAGUCUCCCUGUGUUUUUGUGUUGCAGCCCAGCAUUGUGAGUGACGCAGGAGUUCCUGGACGGAGUGCUCUUGACAGCGUGGAGGUGGCCUAUGGACGACAGGUCAGUAAUUUGGCCUGACACUGAUUGCACUGCAAUACCACUUAGAACGAUUAGCCUGAGAUAUCUACAGUACAUGGCCCAAAAGGGAAAUGCAGUCCUCAAUAAGUCUAAUUUCAAAUGUUCAAAGAUGUGAAUAACUCGUCUCCCGAGUGGCGCAGUGGUCUAAGGCACUGCAUCGCAGUGCUAGCUGUGCCGCUAGAGAUCCUGGUUCGAAUCCACCGGGAGAACCAUGGGGCGGCGCACAAUUGGCCCAGCGUCGUCCAGGGUAGGGGAGGGAAUGGCCGGCAGGGAUGUAGCUCAGUUGGUAGAGCAUGGCGUUUGCAAUGCCAGGGUUUUGGGUUCGAUUCCCACAGGGGGCCAGUAUGAUUUUAUUUUUUAAAUAAUAUAUUCACUAACUGUAAGUCGCUCUGGAUAAGAGCGUCUGCUAAAUGACGUAAAUGUAAUCACCAAACCCAUCCUCUCUUGUGUAUUUUACACUUUUCCCUAUGUUAUGAUUUUAGACUUUAAUAGGCUGUAAUAUAUCCAGUCAGCCUGGGGCUAAGUGCCCUGGAACCUCAUGAGCUGAAUGGAAGCACAGCCUCAGUCAGGAUGCAGCUGCACUGUAGUCCACUUCACUUCAUAGUAAUGGGGUCAUGCUAAGCAAGGCAGCAAUAGAUCAGAGAAAUUGAUUAGCUGGAAGAGCCAGGGCAUGCUGGGUAAUUUCUCUGUCCCACUGCACAGGGGUAGGACAGCCUGUCUGUUUCGUCCUCUCCAGUCUGUACACACUGGGUGAAAGAGGAAAGUCUACUGGUAAAAGAGGACGUAAUGUGUCGCCACAUCGCCUGCGGGGUCAUCUUCCUGGUCUUUGUGAUCUUCUUUGAUGGCCUGAAUGUUUUCGUCCUUUUUGUUCUAUUUCUCAUCAUCCAUCACUUCACCGUGGUGACUGGACUGUGGUGACUAGGAUCAGGGCUGGGCCCUACUGGCAUUGAUGCUGAAACGGUCGCUAUUCAGUCUGUCAGCACUGGCACUCUCCUCUGCUCCAUCAGUGUUUUCUCUGCUUUUAUUGUGCCUCAGAUCUACGUUUUUAAUGAGAAGAUAGUGAAUGGACAUGUCCAGCCCAACCUGGGAGACCUCUGUGCCUCAGUGGCAGACAGCCUGGAUGACAAGGUAAGCCCCAGCUGAUCAACAUCUCCAUUCCACAUUAUUUUCCCCCAUCUGCAUAUGCUAGUUGGUUCUUCUUCCACUUCAAUGGCUAAUUCUGGCAUUUUUAUGGAUGUAUUUGUCUCUCCAGAAUGUGUCAGACAUGUGGUUAAUGGUGAAGCAGAUGACAGACGUGCUGCUGGUCCCAGCCAAAGACACGCUGAAGAGCCGCACAGCCGUGGACAUGCAGAUGGCGUUUGUUACGCAGGCCCUGCAGUUCCUGCAGAACAGGUCAGAGGAGGAGAGAACCAUCAAAUUAGAAUGAGAACACUCCCUUAAUGUAUUAUAAAACUACACUUGUGUAGUUACCCCCCCACUAACGUUUCUCUUUGUGUUUCCACUACGGCAGCUACAAGAACUACACCAUGGUGACGGUGUUUGGGAACCUUCACCAGGCCCAGCUGGGAGGAGUCCCUGGCACCUAUCAGCUGGUGCGCAGCUUCCUCAACAUCAAACUGCCAGGGCCUCUGCCAGGCAUGCAGGUACUGUACUGCCCCCACACUGCAGCACAUUCUGCUAGAGACAACAUCAGCGCUGUGCACAGCCUUACAUAGCGCUGUAUUAUUCAAGAUGGUGUUUUUACUAAGUAUAGUGUAGAUACGUGCAGCUAAACUCAGCUGUGUGUGUGUGUUAUAACAGGAUGGCGAGGUGGAGGGUCACCCAGUCUGGGCUCUGAUCUACUAUUGCCUGCGCUGUGGGGACCUGGGGGCUGCCAUGCAGGUGGUGAACCGGGCUCAGCACCAGCUGGGAGACUUCAAGACCUGGUUCCAGGAGUACAUGAACAGCCCUGACAGACGGUAGGAACCUCACAAAUACUGUGUACCUCCACUAUGUGUCGCAACUGGUCUAGGCUCUCCGUUUCACUUUCUCCUGCAAUUUGAAGUGCUGUAACACAAUGGCCCAGAACAGCAAAGCACCAGUGUGAUUUCUUUUCUCAUAUGAAUAGAAUCUAAUCUGUUUAGUACUCCUCCUCUCUCCAUCUCUUUGUCUCUCCGUCUUAUGCUCUGUCUGACCUGUGCUGUGUCCUCUCCUCAGCCUGGCCCCCGCCACAGAGAACAAGCUGCGUCUCCACUACCGCAGAGUGCUGAGGAACUGCGCUGACCCCUACAAGAGGGCCGUCUACUGCCUCAUCGGGAAGUGUGACAUCGCAGACAACCAUGGAGAGGUGGCCGACAAGACCGAGGACUACCUGUGGCUUAAGGUGCUUGUCUGAUUACCAGUCUAUAGCAAGCAUGUUAAUAUUACCAGUGUACAUGAUACAUAGUGCCUUAAACACAGCAAUACUCCAUUUACAUUUUAGUCAUUUAGCAGACACUCUUAUCUAGAGCGACUUACAGGAGUAAUUGGAGUUAAAUACCUUGCUCAAGGGCACCUCGGCAGAUUUGUCACCUAGUUGGCUCUGGAAUUCGAACCAGCGACCUUUCGGUUACUGGCCCAACGCUCUUUACCGCUGCGCUACCUGCCGCCCAGUUGGGGAGGAUCUGGUAAAAUAGGUUUGCCUGUUGUCAAUACUCCCUGAACAUUAAUGUAGACCUGUUCUUUCCACCCUGCCCACAGCUCAACCAGGUGUGCUUUGAUGACGACGGCAGCAGUGCUCCUCAGGACAGACUGACAUUGGCCCAGCUACAGAAACAGCUUCUAGAGGACUACGGUGAGUUCAGAACACUGCAGGAUACAUGACAGCCAGACUACUGAAGUGAAAAUAGACCUGAAUACUAAUUCUGUCAUAAGAGAGAAUACUGCCUAGGACUGGAGGACUCUAUUAGGGUUGGGCAGUAUCCAGAUUUUAAUAUUUUCAUACCGUUCCUGUACCAUACCGGGGUAUACAGUAUUACCGGCAGUGUACACAAGGAGCACUAUUUCUUUCCAAACGUUAAAACAUUAAUGUUAUUAAUUUUGACGCACAUAACAAAUUAGGAAGAAGGGAUCUUGAUCCAGGAGGGGAUUGAUUGUCUCUGCUGUAACCAAGAAGCUUGAUCUUGCAAGCUAGCCUCUUAGCUAGCAAGUUAGCAAACCAUAGCUGGAGCCCUGAGCUGGAGAUACUUUAUUUGGCAUAUCUUAGAUAGUUAUAAGCAGGGGCGUAGCGGUAUUGAUAAUGAUAUUGUCGGUAUUUCAAAAUACCCCGAUAUACGGUAUACCGCCCAAGCCUAGACUAUUAAAGUAAAGUUGUGUAAUGGCACCACUUCUCAGUCCCCCCUGGGAUCUGCUCUGCUCAGAUAAAGAAGUGCUUCAUUGUUCACUCUUAAAGCUUAAACUUUUCUUUAGUUUUAUCACACAGAGGGAGGCAAAGCUCUCCUACCUGGAGGAUGAGUCAUGGCUUGUUAUCGCUCUCAUUUUAACACAGUGCAUUAAAAGGUGACUGUGACUCAUAGAUAAGCCUGCUGCCUUUCAAAAUGGCUGAUGUAUUCAUGUUCUCUUCCUACACAGUUGAACAUGAACUUCACUGAGAGGGAUUAAUGCAAGUUGAUGUGAUGACUAAGUAGUGGAAUGGUUUGUUUGUAAAUGUUUUGAAUAUUUGUAAUACUGAGCAACUACAGGUAACUACCAAAAUAAAGGAAACCCCAACAUAGUGUGUUAAGAGGGCGUUGGGCCACCACAAGCCAGAAUGGCUUCAAUGCACCUUGGUAUAGACUCUACCAGUGUCUGGAACUUUGUUGGAGGGAUGCAACACCAUUCUUCCACGAGAAAUUCCAUAAUUUGGUGUUUUGUUGAUGGUGGUGGAAAACGCUGUCUCAGGCACCGCUCCAGAAUCUCCCAUAAGUGUUCUAUUGGGUUGAGAUCUGGUGACUGAGACGGCCAUGGCAUAUGAUUUACAUCUUUUUCAUUCUCAUCAAACCAUUCAUUGACCACUCGUGCCCUGUGGAUGGGGGCAUAGCCCAUGGUAGCCAAAAUAAUGGCCUGCCCAGCAUUUUCUUACGUGACCCUAAGCAUGAUGGGAUGUUAAUUGCUUAAUUAACUCAGGAACCACACCAGUGUGGAAGCACCUGCUUUCAAUAUACUUUUUAUCCCUCAUUUACUAAAGUGUUUAAAUUUUUUUGGCAGUAUAUUGCUGACUGUAUUUAUCUAUAUUGAAUUAGCAUGUUCUAUAUUCCAUUUUCCAUGUUGUGAAUGUGAUCCUAAUAAUUUAGAGUUUAUUUCUGUUCCUUUCCUAUCUAUAGGAGAGUCCCACUUCUCGGCCAGCCAGCAGCCGUUUCUGUACUUCCAGGUGCUGUUCCUCACAGCCCAGUUUGAGGCUGCUGUGGCCUUCCUGUUCCGGGUGGAGCGUCUACGUAGUCAUGCUGUUCACGUGGCUCUGGUUCUCUACGAACUGCGGCUGCUACUCAAGUCAUCAGGACAGAGCGCACAACUGUGUAAGUCCUGUCAGGAUACCUACCUGUCUGACUUUCUCUACGUUGGCAAUCAGUAAUGUUCUACAAAGGAUGUUUUAGUUCACAGAUAUUGGAAGGCGACUUGACUUACUGUUGCAUGAAGUAUGUGGUCUUGUCUGUGUCUUGUUCAUUAGGGAUGCAAAGCUUGAUUCCUUUUUAAGAAGGGACUUCAUUUCUAGGUAAACAUUAUUGUAGUUUUGAAGCUGAUACUUAUAAUUGAAUGUUUUCUACUUUUCAGUGAGUCAGGAGGCUGGGGACCCGCCUAUGGUGCGACGGCUUAACUUCAUCCGUCUCCUCAUGCUCUACACGCGCAAGUUUGAGUCCACAGACCCCCGGGAGGCUCUACAGUACUUCUACUUCCUACGGUACGUUACGCUACGUUACGACCCUCCUCCUAACAGAUGCUGCUCUCAGGUGGGGGGACCUCUUCUCUCAUCCUCUCCACCACUCCACUGAGUGUCAAUAGGACUUGGAGGCAUGGCGGUAGACUUCCUACGGUACGUUACGCUUAGUGAUGUGGGGGGGGGGUCACCAAGAAAUUGAUACAGUCACAUAUCACGAGAUUAUUUUGGUAUUUGUCUCCCAAGUAUCUAUUUGAUUAUGUAUUUAUUUAUUGCUACUGUAGGUAGCUUUAGCUAGCGGUAGUCGGCUGUACCCGCGCCAAAACUCCAGUCUUUUUCAUCCUAUAGAUUGUUCUCCGUCUUCUUUUUAAAUAGUGAGCCAAAAUGUUUUCAGCACUUUAUUUCCAUGACUGAUCAAAACUCGUUUUCUCAUGCGCUCUCGUCUUGCAGACAUAUGGUUAGCAAUAUGUUUGGAACCUCAAAUCGCAAUAAAAUCACAAUGUCUAAUCGCAAUAUAUAUGAAUAACCCAGUGGGCCAUGAAUGCAGUUCACCAUUAAUAAUAAAGAUGCUUUCACACAUGCCAUUGGUUGAUUUACUCUUUCUAUUCAGGUUAAUUUUGAUUAGAGCCUUCGGACCUCUAUCAUUAUUUAAAAGAUGUAAUGUGUAUGUAAUCAAAUAUCUGAAUCUCUAUCCUUUCUUCCUUUUGGACACAGGAAUGAAAAAAACAGCCAAGGAGAGAACAUGUUCAUGUGCUGUGUUAGCGAGCUGGUGAUUGAGAGUCGAGAGUUUGACAUGCUUCUAGGAAGACUGGAAAAAGAUGGCAGCAGAAAGGUAAUGGUCACACCUUUAUUUUCAGUUUGGUUCACUUCCAUUCAUUAUUAUUUAACUCAGUUAUUAAUGAUCCCUUUUGUGAAAGCAUUCAUGGUGAUGCUGAUUUUUCCAUUGUGAUCGUGGCACCCCAGAUCAUUUGUAUUCAGGCCGUUCAAAGAGCUGAUUGUGCCUUGUGCUUCUCCCCCAGCCUGGAGUGAUUGAUAAAUUUGCCGGAGACACUCGAGCCAUUAUCACAAAAGUGGCUCUGGAGGCUGAGAACAAGGGCCUGUUUGAGGAAGCUAUCAGACUGUAUGAGCUGUCCAAGGUGAGCAGGGCUCUGGGAAAGGCUGCGGUCAAGCUGUGCCAGUGGGUUUACUCUAGGUGAAGGUACAGGCCGGGUAGAGGAAGAUUAGAAAAUAAUGAAAUGUCACCUCACAUUCCUCUAUUUUUCUCCUCUGAUCUUUAGAAUCCAGACAAGGUCUUAGAGCUGAUGAACAGGCUGCUGAGUCCUGUUAUCGCCCAUGUCAGCGCUGCCCAGUCCAACAAGGAGAGACUGAAGAACACUGCUGUUGCCAUCGCUGAGCGGUAACGUCCUCACCACCUAUUCUCACUAACAUACUUACUGUGCAUCAUUUACGAUCUGCAUUGCCACUGAAAUGAGAUAAUGUUUGAAGGUUGCAUCAUAUAGGCUUACUAAAAGAGUGGACCUCGUCAAAAGUGGACCAUUUAGUUCUAACUUUAGUGUGUGGUCUUGUUUACUGACUCAGGUACCGGACCCAGGGUGUUGCUGGAGAGAAGUCUGUGGACAGCACUUUCUACCUGCUGCUGGACCUCAUGACCUUCUUUGAUGAGUACCAUGCUGGAAACAUAGACCGGGCCUACGAUGUAAGUCUUAACACCCAGGGCUUCCUGCCUGAUGGCUUACAAUGCUGUUUAUUCAGAUGGCAUUGAAGUGUUAUGAUGGCCUCCUCUCCUCUUAGAUGUUAAGUCCCCUAUUUGGGGACUGGACCGGUUCCGACUGACAUUUUGGUGUACAAAGCUCUCUGUGAACAUCAUAGGGUCCCGUGUCUUACAAUGCCAGAAACCCAUCAGGUUGCAAGACCAUACAUUUGCAUAGGGAGUGACGUGUCACAUUUUCUGGCCUAUCCAGACAAAGGAAUGAUUUCCUGUGUCUGUGAAACUCCCAGUUGUGCUUUGCAAUAGUGCACGUGAAACGGGAUAAACUAGCGGAUGCAACAGUAGUAUAUUCUCAGCCGAUUUAGAGCUCUCAACAUGAAAAUAUAUUAAAUAAUUUAGUGUAAUUGAACUAAGACCACUUUCUCUUGGUCACAGACAGACAAAAUCACUUUGUGCUUAAAGCUGAAGUUGUAACAAGUUUGCACACAUUUGAAUGGUGUCUCUGCGGCUCUUAGUGGACAUUUAGGAGAAAAUUCUGUCUGCAGUUAAAUGAAAUAGUGCUAAUAUUGUACUGUCUGAAAAAGUAUGAUCAUUUAUUUUACAGUUAUAAGAAAUUUAAAAUCUUAUACUAAAUCGUUUAUAAUUGUAUUGUUAAUAUAUUUUAAAAGCAUUUCUGUAAUUUCAAGCCCUAUUGCCCCACUUUUGUUGAAUAGGAGAACAAUUAUAUAUGAUCUUUCAUAUUUUAUUUGAUAAAUGAUUGAUUUUGGCCUUUACUACUAAAGCCCAUAUAAACACAUUGAAUAACACAUUCAUAAAUGGCAAAAAGGAUAGUCAAAAAAUAAAUAAGAAACAAGGUUUUGAAGUGUCAGUCCUAAAUCUAGGAGAUAUUGAAAAAAAACUCAGGAAAUAUAUAUAUUACAUUUUUUACACAUAUUUAACCCCUUUUUUGGGGUUAGCACAAAACUACCUUCAUACUUCCAUUUGUUUUUUAAAACCGGUACCGGUUACCUUCAGACGAGUCACGUGACACUUGUUGGGGUUUUAGAGCAAAAUGGAGAAUGCCAUCGUGAGACUCUCAUUUCCAUAAUAGUUUGUAGGUCAAACCGUUCGCUACAGACGUUUUCGUGAGAAGACUGAUUUUCGGGAUGUCUCAUGGUCUGACAAACACCGUUCUAGCUCUGCCACCGUUCACACCUUUCACCACAUAUGCUGAAGUGCGACAGUGGCGGAUGUAAAAAAAAAAUGCAAAAAAAAACAUAUCUCUAGUUUCAACUGACGGAUUUUGAUGGGGAUUUUUUUGUUAUGUAACUUAGAUUGACGCACUGGUGCGUCAAUCGACUCUAGGGGUUAAAGGACAGAUUCACCCAUUUUGAAUGUAAUAUAGUUUUUGUGUGUUUAGAUGCACAGAAACGAUAUAACGUUCAAAAUGGGUGAAUCUUUCCUUUAACUGUCCCUAACUUCUCCCCUCAAACUCUUUGUCUCUCUGUCAGGUGAUGGAGAGACUGAAGCUGGUCCCUCUGAGUCAGGACAGUGUGGAGGAAAGGGUCGCUGCAUUCCGCAAUUUCAGUGAUGAGGUGAGAUGUAUGUACAGUGUGGGAAAAAAUUAUUUGAUCCCCUGCUGAUUUUGUACGUUUGCCCACUGACAAAGAAAUGAUCAGUCUAUAAUUUUAAUGGUAGGUUUAUUUGAACAGUGAGAGACAGAAUAACAACCAAAAAAUCCAGAAAAACGCAUGUCAAAAAUGUUAUAAAUUGAUUUGCAUUUUAAUUAGGGAAAUAAGUAUUUGACCCCCUCUCAAUCAGAAAGAUUUCUGGCUCCCAGGUGUCUUUUAUACAGGUAACGAGCUGAGAUUAGGAGCACACUCUUAAAGGGAGUGCUCCUAAUCUCAUCUUGUUACCUGUAUAAAAGACACCUGUCCACAGAAGCAAUCAAUCAAUCAGAUUCCAAACUCUCCACCAUGGCCAAGACCAAAGAGCUCUCCAAGGAUGUCAGGGACAAGAUUGUAGACCUACACAAGGCUGGAAUGGGCUACAAGACCAUCGCCAAGCAGCUUGGUGAGAAGGUGACAACAGUUGGUGCGAUUAUUCGCAAAUGGAAGAAACACAAAAGAACUGUCAAUCUCCCUCGGCAGGGGAUCAAAUACUUUUCUCCCUCACUGCACACUACCAGUCAAAAGUUUGGACACACCUACUCAUUCAAGGGUUUUUCUUUAUUUUGACUAAAACUAUGAAAUAACAUAUAUGGAAUCAUGUAGUCCAAAAAAGUGUUAAACAAAUCAAAAUAUAUUUUAUAUUUGAGAUUCUUCAAAUAGCCAUCCUAUGGCUUGAUGACAGAUUUGCACACUCUUGGCAUUCUCUCAACCAGCUUCAUGAGGUAUUCACCUGAUAAUUUGUGGAAUUUCUUUCUUUCUUAAUGCGUUUCAACCAAUCAGCUGUGUUGUGACAAGGUAGGGAUGGUAUACAGAAGAUAGCCCUAUUUGGUAAAAGACCAAGUCCAUAUAAUGGCAAGAACAGCUCAAAUAAGCAAAGAGAAACGAUAGUCAUUACUUUAAGACAUGAAGGUCAGUCAAUAUGGAACAUUUCAAAAACGUUGAAAGUUUCUUCAAGUGCAGUCGCAAAAACCAUCAAGCGCUAUGAUGAAACUGGCUCUCAUGAGGACCACCACAGGAAUUGAAGACCCAGAGUUACCUCUGCUGCAGAGGAUAAGUUCAUUAGAGUUACCAGCCUCAGAAAUUGCAACCCAAAUAAAUGCUUCAGAGGGUACUGUGUAAUCAGGCCUUCAUGGUCGAAUUGCUGCAAAGAAACCACUACUAAAGGACACCAAUAAGAAUAAGAGACUUGCUUGGGCCAAGAAACACGAGCAAUGGACAUUAGACCGGUGGAAAUUUGUCCUUCGGUCUGGUGUCCAAAUUUGAGAUUUUUGGUUCCAACCGCCGUGUCUUUGUGAGACGCGGGGUGGGUGAACGGAUGAUCUCUGCAUGUGUUGAAAAAGCAUUCCAGGUGAAGCUGGUUGAGAGAAUGCCAAGAGUGUGCAAAGCUGUCGUCAAGGCAAAGGGUGGCUAUUUGAAGAAUCUCAAAAUAUAUUUUGAUUUGUUUAACACUUUUCUUUUUUGGUUACUACAGAUUCCACAUGUGUGUUAUUUCAUAGUUUUGAUGUAUUCACUAUAAUUCUACAAUGUAGAAAAUAGUACAAAUAAAGAAAAAUCCUUUAUUGAGUAGGUGUGUCCAAACUUUUGACUGGUACUGUGUGUAUAUAUACUGUAAUUAUACUCCGUAUGCAGCACUACACUUCCAAAGUGUACAUGUAAUCUCCCCUUGUCCUUUUUUUCCUACUGUCUCUUUCUUAUCUGCAUUCUCAUUUGCAUCUUCUUCCAGGUCAGGCAUAAUCUGUCGGAGGUGCUCCUGGCCACCAUGAAUAUCCUGUUCACGCAGUACAAGCGCCUGAAGGGGGCCACAGCAGGAACCCCUGGUCGACCACAUAGAUCCAUGGAGGACAGAGACUCGGUGAGGAGAUGGUGACUUCUCAGAGCAAUACUGGCCAUGGGAUAAAACUUGAGGAGCUUUAUAAAGACUUCUGGGGGCUGUGCAUUGUGAUGGACUGGGCAGUAAAGACAUGCCUCUGCUCCAUUAUGUGAUAUUUCAUUGAAUAAUGAGUACUGCGCUGUCUUGUUUUUAUCUGUUUUGACACAUGAUUGAUUUCACUGUCAGCUCUAAGAUGUAUUUUCUGUGUGUGUCAACAGCAACUGCGCAGCCAAGCCCGUGCACUGAUCACGUUUGCUGGGAUUAUCCCGUACCGCAUGGCAGGCGACACCAAUGCCCGGCUGGUGCAGAUGGAGGUCCUGAUGAACUGACCCCAAAAUACCUCCAAGCGCCAGCUAUACCCACCCUUCUCAUCAACUGUCAGAUUAUUUUUUGCUUCGUCCCUAUUUUAUGUUUCUUUGUCCUUUUUUGUUGCUCCAUAUUUGUAUUUUUUCAUAAGUUUAAAUAAAAUGUCAGUUAAAUUUAA